AUGGCAACCCGGCUGCCUGUAAAUCAGUGGGGGAACCACCUGCGAACCAGCCCCCCCGCAGCAGGCUCUCGCCCGGGGCUGAGCAAGGUCCGUGGCCGGGAGAGCGGCCACCCCCCAGGCUUCAGGAAGAGCAGCCGGGAGCGCCGGGCGUGUCACGAACCGCCCCGCUCACCUGGGCGUGCGCAGCUGGCACCGCCCGGGCUGCAAGAGGAACCCGGGGCCCGGAGCCUUUCACCCCCCGGGGCAGGACACCCCCGCCCCGCCCCGCGGCAGGGACCGGGGGUAACGGGACCUGGCCCGCGGCCAAGCGCAGGGAGCGGUUGCAGGAGACCCCCCCGGCCGGAACCAGGCGUCGGGGAACCGGUCCGAGUAUAUACGGUGCCGGGCGCAUCGGCCGGCCGGCCCGCCCCUCGGAGCGUUGAACGCCACCGCGCCGUGCCCGGCCCCGCGCCGGCCCCCCGGGGGAAUCGGACGGCCCGCGGCAAGCCGCAGCGGCGCGUGCAGCGACCCCCGCCGCGACCCAGACUGCAGUCCGACCGUUGUCGACGGAUGCGGCACCGCCCGGCCGGCCCCGCCCUCGAGCUCCUGAACGCCACGCGCCGUGCCCGCCCCGGCCCGCCCCGCCCCACCGCCACGCAGCACAGCCGCACCCCGGGGGCGGCGGGAGGGGCCGGGAGGAGGCGGUGGUUGCAGCGGUCCGGCCGCCCGCCCCCGCCCCGGCCCGGCCGGCCGCGCACCCGAGACCAGCCGACCCAACUCACCUGUACCGGCUCUAGGCCCCGCCCCGGGGUGUCACGGGACGCCAAGCACGAGUCACGUGCCGCGCCAUGGCAGCCAAUCAGAGGGGCAUGGCUUAGCCCCGCCCCCAGCUCGCGGUCACCCGAGACCCGCCCGCCCGCAGCGUCUGUGCCCCGACCACAGCUGCCCCGGCGCGGCGGGGGGCGGGGCAGGCUGCCCGCGGGCGGGGCCUCCAGAGUGGGCGGGCCCGGAGACGUCGUAGCUGCGAAUCGCCGGAGUCGGGGCUGGCUCAGCGGCAGCCGCUCGGGCCAGGGGCGGUGA